GUAGGAUGCGGGAUUUCGGGUAUAGCAGCUGCACACAGACUCGUUAACGCUGGAUUUCAACAUGUGCAGAUACUGGAAGCGACUGCAAGAAGCGGAGGAAGAAUCAAAACCGGCACACUGGGUGAGAUACUGUAGUAAUGUGAAGCAACUGUUUACAACUAGCCUACUUGAGUGUCUCUUUCAGUACUUUUUAUUUUAGCAAAUGACCAACAAUCAACACAUUUCUUGCAGACUCUCAAAGGUUACAGUAUUGUCUGUCAAUUAUUGUAUUACCUCGCAGUAAUAGAAAUCACGUUUUUUUACAUUCCCUAUUAUCUUAACAGAGCAAGACUGAAUUCUAAAAGGAGCAUAAAUAACUAUUACAAAAUAAACACCUUUCAUGUUAUUCCAUAUUAAAACAGAUUUUACAGAUCUAAACAUUUCCACAACAAGUUAUUUACUAAGAACAGAGCUAACUACAUCUACUCAUAAUGUAACUAAUAAAUACAAUAAAUAAUGUAUACAAAAGUUAUUCCUCCUUAAACAUAAAACUUUAAUUUCUAUAUAUAACUAUCCUAUAUUUCGUGAUCCCACACAAACAUUUUCUAUCUGCAGGUGAUAAUAUUGUUGAGAUAGGAGCACACUGGAUCCAUGGACCGACUGAGGAGAACCCAGUGUUUUGUCUGGCCCGUCAGUACGGACUGCUGGACCCAGAGACCCUCACCCCAGAGAACCAGGGCGUGGACGUUGAAGUUAGUCCCCACCAGGCUUCCAACUUCUUCAGCAGUUCAGGUCGCCAGAUGGUUAAAAAAACAAACUGUUAUUAUACUAAGAUAGUUCAAAAUAGUUAGAAUCUGUACUUUAGAGUUGAAUCAAACUUUAUCACACACUGAAAACGUGAAUAGGCCUAUUCACAGGGACUGGAUGUGUCUUAAGUGGCAGAAAACUAGGCUAAAAGGUAGGAAGCUGAAUGCUGAAGAUGUCUAUCCUGCAGAGGAGAUGUUUUAUGAGCUGAUUUAUGAAAGUUCAAAAUUCGAGAGUCAAGGAGGAGAACCCUGGGCCUGUGUGGGAGAUUUCAUACGUUCAAAGGCUGAACAACGAGCAGCAGAGAAGUGGAAAGAUAUAGAUGCAGCUACCAGAUGUCUGCGACUGUGUGUGAUCAGUAACAUGUUGAAGGUGGAGUGCUGUUUUAAUGGGGCUCACAGUAUGGAUGAGGUGGGCCUGGGGGCCUACGGUCUCUACAAGACUCUACCUGGGCUCGACUGUACAUUCCCUGGUGGCUAUGAAGGUCUAAUCAAAAACUUGAUGUCGGAGCUCCCCAGGGAUUUGGUGACUUACAACCGGCCUGUUCGCUGUGUCCACUGGAACAACACAGAGAAGGAAGAAAACUCUUUGAUGAUUGAGUGUGAUGAUGAGAAGAAGAUAGCUGCUGAUCAUGUCAUUGUCACAGUACCUCUAGGAUAUCUUAAGAAGCACCAUUCAACCCUGUUCAGUCCUCCUCUCCCUCUACACAAACUGCACUCUGUUGAGAGACUAGGUUUUGGAACUACCAAUGUAAUAUAUGUGGAGUUUGAUUCCCCGUGGUGGGAUGCUGACUGUGAAAACAUCUAUCUCGUGUGGGAAGAUGAGGAUGGCAUGGUGGACCAGGUGCCAGAUGUACAGAGAUCCUGGAUAAAGAAGCUGUUUGGCUUCACUGUGCUCAAACCCACUGAAAGGUAUGGCCAUGUUCUCUGUGGCUGGAUUGCUGGCCAUGAGUCAGAGUAUAUGGAGACCCUGUCUGAACAAGAGGUCACACACACCAUGACACAACUCAUCCGCAGAUUCACAGGAAACCCGACCGUCACCCCGAGGAGAGUCCUGCGCUCACAGUGGUUUCAUGACCCCUGGACAUGUGGAUCUUACAGUUACCCAGGAAAAGGUUGUUCAGUCCAGGACCUGGAGAACAUGAUGGAGCCUCUGCCUACCAAGGGGUCACUUUUACAACCUCUGCAGGUGUUGUUUGCUGGAGAGGCUACUCAUACCUGCUACUUUUCCACCGUUCAUGGAGCGCUCCUCACUGGGUGGAGAGAAGCUGACAGACUCAUCUCACACUACUCCUCCAGUUGUAACUCUAAACCACUCAAGUCAAACACAGAUGUGUAAACAGAACUGGAUACAGCAUGAAUCCUGUUCACAAGUGUGCAUGAAGCCAUAAUGGUUUGACUGACACGGAUCUUUCCGUAAUCUCCUGCGUCGAUGGGCCCAAGGGCUCUCGGGUUUUCUUCAACCCUGCCUCCAAACCACUCAGUUUCUUGCUCAUUCCCAUGAAAGGUUGCACGAAUAACUCUGUAUUUAACAAUAAAUGAUUACAACUUUAAGAACCUAAUGAUUUAAA